UACUAUCUAAUAAUGUCACACUAAUAAUGUGUUGUGUACAGACAGCUCAUUGUGUUUAGUACUCGACUACAAGUGACCGACUUAAUGUGUUGAGGUGUUUUUUUUUAUUUGUAUAUUUUAUUAUUUAUUAACGUAUUAAAAUGAGUGAUGGCAGAAAACGUUUAAGUGGAAGUGCUUAUAAAAAAGUUGCUAAAUUAAAAUUAGAAAAAGAACAAAAAGUCAUUUCUCAAACCGCAAAAUUAACUUCAUUUUUUGGCAAUCAACGACCAUCAAUCUCCAAUUCGCCAAGUAAAAUAGAGACUACAGCUGAACAGAUUUCAAAUGAGUCUAGUGAUAAAAAUGAGCCUAAUCUUCAGAGUCCUCUUGAAGCCCUAGCAAAUGAAAAUCAAAUAAUUGAAAAUUCGGAAAAACAAUUAAUAAAUACGUCUUCUAUUGCACCAAGUGAACAUCCUCUACAUAGUACUUUUGAAACCAUGGCAAAUGAAAAUCAAUUAAUUGAAUAUUCGGAAUUAUUAAAUACGCCAACUAAAAAACCCAAUCCAACACUUUUUAGGGGGCGGCAAAAUUAAGAGCACCGGGCGGCAAAAUUCCUAAAUGCGACCCUGGGUGUAGGGAUAAUAAUGGAUGAGGAAAUGAAAAGUAAAGUAGUAGAAAUACCUAGGAAAAGUGACAGAAUUAUAGUCACAAAAUUGAUAUUCAAGGAAAAAGUGCUGAUUGUAAUAAGUGCCUAUGCACCCCAAAUGAAUGUGAUGAAAUAGACAAGGAAGUGUUUUGAUGAGUGAUGGUAGGGGUGAUGCAAGGGGUACCUGGCAAUGAAGAGCGAUGAUAGGUGGAGAAAUGAAUGGACAUGUAGGUAAUAAGUGGAGAGGAUAUGAAAGAGUACAUGGAGGGUAGGGUUUUAGCGGGGGGUCAUUCCAUGUGAAAUCACCAAAUAUGUGUGCUGGUAUAGUUCAGAAAUUUAUGAAAUUUAUAUCAUAGACUUCCUAAAGGUCAUUGACAACAAAAAUAAUGUAUAUUUUUUUUAUUGUUUUUUUACUAGAUAGUGCAUUUUUUAUAAUUAAAAACAUGAAAAAACAGCCUAUGUUCUAGAGCCUAUAAAUUCACAUCCAAAUAAGCUAUCACUGUGGAACUAGCACUGUAUUACUCAUAUUAAAUAAUACUUCAAUUUCAUUCUUAAGUUUUUACAUUUUGA